AUGGCUCUUGAUUACUCCAAGUGGGACCGUAUUGAACUAUCAGACGACAGCGACAUCGAAUGCCAUCCUAAUGUCGAUAAAAGAUCGUUUAUUCGCUGGAAGCAAAGAGAUAUCCACGAAAAGAGGGCAAAGAGAAACAUCGAGAUUAAGACUCUUAAUAUCCAGAACCAAAUGUACAUCAACUUGAACAAAAGAGUCGACUUAAUGUUGGAAAAAUUGAACGAAGACCAACUAUACUCAACCUCAGAAAGAAACAGCUUUUUAAAUGCUCACUUUGAUCCCAAAGAGAAAAACAAAAGUGAAGAUAUGGAGGAUUCCCCAACCUACAAUGAAAUGAUCGAAGACCUAUUUCUCCAAUUGAUGAGCGAUUUGAAAAAGGAUUAUCCCAGUGUUAAUGAUCAAUCCGAAAAAAAACAAAUCUUGAGAUCCUUGGUCAUAAAUCAUAGAAAGAAAAUUGACGAUGUCCAUGGAAAGAACAUGGCAAAAUUAAAAACUUUGGAAGAAGAAGCUAAGGCACAUAUCACCUCUGACGAUAUCCAUACAGGUUUUGAUAAAGCUGUUUUCAAUAAAGAUAAAUUUGACUUGAAACCCCCAUCUCAAUCACAAACUUCUUCAACUUCAAUUUCAACCGAUAAGACAAAACUUGAAUCCCCAGCCACUACAGCUACCUCUGUUUCAACACCAGAUGUGCCAUCUGCUUCUAAAACAAAUGAUCAUCAAUUUCAUGAAGAUAAUUUUGAGAUAUUACCAGAUACUCAGAUUUUUGGAGAUAUUGAUCCAGAUAAUUAUAUCGCAAGUGCUAAAUUUUUAAAUGCUCACCCCUGGAUUAUCUCUGAAAAUCAGAAAAACGCUUUAUUAAUGAAGGCGUUUAAAUACCAAUUUGAUGGAGAUUUUGAAAAGGCUAGACAAAUGGUUCAUCAAUCCUCAAUCUUAUUAUUUGUUGCUACCUUAGCUGGGCCUUCAAAUGAUAACUCCACCAUAAAUAAUUCAAAUUAUAAAAAAAUUUAUUUCAAUAGACAAAAGAUAAUUAAACAAUUGAUUCCAAAAAUAAUGAAUUCAAGUCCUGCAAGAUACAAUUUCUUAAAAGAUGUUGAAGAAACUUAUACUCAUAUAAAGAAUAGAUGUGAAUAUAUGCAUGCUAAUAAUGAAGUAUUUGACGAUUCUCCCUCUAAAAACCAAUCGGAUGAUGCUGAAGAUGACGAAGCUGAAGGUGUCGAAACCAUUCAAUUAAAAUCAAUGGAUCCAGAUAGCGAAUUAGUUGUCACUUUACCUAGUGAAUUUUCGGAUGAUCCAAAAGAAAUUGAAAAGUGUAAAUAUUUCAAUCAAAUACCAAUUAUAAUGCAAAAAGCUCUCAAAACACAAUCUUUAAUUGAAAUCAAUAAAGUGUUUGAAAAUAUUCCAAUAAACGAAGCUAAUGAAAUUUUAGAUCUUUUCGAUAAAUGUGGAUGUAUUAGUGUUGCAGCAGUAUUUGAUAAUGAAGAACAAUUUCAAGAAUACAAAGAAGAACAAAAUAAAGAAAUU